AUGUUACCUAUUAGUAAAAACAGCAUACACCGUAUUCGCUUAUUUAUAAUCAUGAUCAUCAUGUAUUCAAAUUUCAACACUGUUCUGAUUGAUAGUACUCUCUGUAAUCUCCCAUUGAAUGAAGGAGUCCAGUGUCACGUCUCGUCUUCUUCUCGAUUUUGGUACAAUGCCUCGUCUACAACUUGUCAAGCAUUCCUAUACAAGGGAUGUCAGGGCAAUUCAAACAGUUUUCUAUCAAUAGACAGCUGCUAUCGAUCUUGCAAUGGCGUUCAGGGUGAGACAUUACUUGACUUUCCCCCAUAUUCGUUAGGCCUUUUCAGCCGAGGUCCGCUGUCCGCGUGGCGAUCCUCCAAAGGAAGGGAACGUGAAGAAGACAAGUGCCCAAGAAACUAUGAGUGCUACUUUGAUGGAGCCACUUACGGAUGUUGUCCUACUGCAGGUACGUGGAGACGAUUGAUCAGCGUAUGA